AUGACAUUCAACUUCUCCUGGAUUGUUACCGCACUCCUCGCUCCACUUGUGGUGACUGUCUUUUGGACGCUUUCCUCAACAUCCUCUGGCUUCAGCUCUUUCCCUACCCUGUACAACAAGCGCAUAUGCCUGCUUAUUGCACAUCCCGAUGACGAGGCAAUGUUUUUUGCGCCUACAGUGUUGGCGCUUACAAAACCUGAAUUAGGGAAUCAUGUGAAGAUAUUGUGUUUGAGUACUGGCAACGCAGAUGGAUUAGGCGAAGUCCGCAGAAAAGAGCUCCAACAAAGCGCCGUCCAUCUAGGCCUUCGAGACGAAUCCGAUGUUUUCGUGAUCGACGACCCAUCCCGAUUUCCCGACAGCAUGACUGCAACCUGGUCAGCUAAUGAUAUCUCAUCCCUUCUCGCGUCUGCCUUUGCUCCCGAGCUUGCCUCUGGACGAGCCGCUCGUAACGACGUUGCUCCCAAAGCUACCAUCGAUGUCCUUUUAACAUUCGACGAGCACGGUGUUAGCAACCACCCGAAUCAUCGAUCUCUAUAUCACGGCGCGGUCGCAUUUUUGAAAACGUUAAUGGACGGCAAAAGCGGGUACGGAUGCCCCGUGUCAUUGUACACUUUAACAACCACAAACAUUAUUCGGAAGUAUUCCGGUAUUCUUGAUUCAUUUUUGACGAUGUUUCUUGGCGCAUUCACGACCUUUGGGGAUUCCCUAGUAUCAGCCGCUAAGAAGCCGACUGCAAAGAAUGACGGUAACGCCAGUCGUCUGUUGUAUAUCAGCUCGUUCCAUGACUGGGUACAGGCUCGUACUGCGAUGACGGAUGGUCACAAGAGUCAAAUGUUGUGGUUUCGUUGGGGUUGGAUUACUAUCGGGCGAUAUAUGUUUGUCAAUGAUUUGAAGAAAGAGAAGAUUUGA